ACGUUGACACUUGACAUCAAAAGAGACUUUCGACUCUUCCUUAAAUAAGUUGUUAAAACUUAAAAUUCACGAUUAAUCAGCUAUGACAGUGCCAGUUAGAUAGUAAAGUGGUCACUGACAUGAAUUCAACACAAGUCAUGUUAAAAAACUCCCAAGGGGGCUUCCAUUGCAGCAAAGACUCCCUAACGGACGUCUUCGGUUGGUUUCUCCAGGUCCUCCUCGCCUGCUUGGCCUUCACGUGUCUCAUAGCUAAGAGGUUCUGUGAACCCAGGGCGGAGCGUCGAUCAUGGUUGAUCUGGUUCUAUGAUACGUCGAAACAGGGAAUGGGGGCCAUGGCGAUUCACUUGGCCAACGUAUGGCUCGCGGGACAAUACAUGGGCGACCCUUGCACCUGGUACUUGAUUAACUUUCUCCUGGAUUCGUCCAUGGGGCUGCUCAUUAUUUUCACAGGCAUACGUUUUUGUCAGUAUUUGUCGCGAAAAAAGGGUUGGGACGCGAUUAAUUUCGGCGAGUACGGAAAACCGCCGUCCGCUAACGCUUGGUUAGCACAGUGCUGCUUGUACGUGGGGCUCAUGGCUAUUGUUAAAGUAUCAAUAACGUUGUUCAUGCAGCUUGAUUUCUGGGACGGAGUUAAAAACUUCAUUUUGUCCCCAAUCAAUAAUCCUAAGAUUGAACUAGCAUUCGUUAUGCUCAUCAUUCCGUUCUUUGUUAAUAUGUUGAUGUUUUGGGUUACUGAUAAUUUCCUGAUGCAUAAGAGUCGCACCAGUAGGCGUCUGCGUCGGGAUAGCGUUGAAGAUAGUUUGUUGACUCGAACUAAAGUUAAAUAUCGCACAAUUAAGAAGAAAGCGAGGAGGCGCGAUUCUGAAAGUGACAUUCUGCUUUCAGGUGAUGAUGAGUUGUUGGAUUCUGAAUCAACUCCAAUUAAUAGACACGUAAUGGCGUGAAGAUCUGUACAGAGACUGGUUAAAAUAAUUUAAGACUGCUUAAUACAAAUCUGAAUAACCAAGUGCCUUAAGGCAACGAUACUUGUGCCAAAUUAUUUUAAUCAGUCGUUUCAAGUGGCUGUAAUAUUUUUUUCUCUGUGUAUACUGUUGGCGCGCACGUGACGUCAUCUGUACUUUAUCUGUUUCCAAAGUGAUUGAAAUAAUAUGUUGUAUGAGAUUUUUUCUGAUGUAUGAGUAUCUGCAAGAUUGGUAUGAUAAGAUUGUAAGUGUGCAACGAAAUCUUCAGCUCUAUUUUUAUUUGUAUGUAUCAGUUUUGUUGGCUUUAUUAAAUUUGGUUACCAUAAGAUUAGUGAUAUUUUUUUAUGAUGCUGGUAGCUGACACUGAAGCAUCUUUGUACUGACUUUGAGAUUUAACGUAUCACUUUGUUAGGGCUGAUUUAUUUAAGUACUAGUACUAACAUUCCGUAUUUUUACUUUUGAUUAUCUGAUUGGUUACGUUACCAAAUCUAGGCCAAAUAUUUUAGAAUUAAGCAUUUUCAUGUACAGAAAACGGAUUGAAAUAAAGUGAUUUAUUUUGUU